AAAAAAUUAAAAUAAGCGCAGGACACGGCACCCUUUUUUAGUGUGUUAAUACACCCUUUCAAGUAAAAACUCUACUCUGUCAAGUUUCUAGUAGAACUAUUCCUUCCACUAGACCUUGUUCAGAUUUUACACUACUUUUCCUUUGUUCAUCACAUCUAUAAAUCAACUCUCUCUCAGCCUUGUUUAAUCACGCCAUUGUCAUAAACAAUUCAACUCGAACUAUCCCAAGAAAUGAAGACUUUAAUUGCUCCCAUUCCUUCCACCUUUUUCUUUUCUCUCUUCCUUCUCUCUAUAUUCACCUCAAACCUCCCAUCCGCCGCAGCCGACGUCGUUACCGACAGAGACGGCGACGCACUUAUGAACGGCGGCACUUACCACAUCCUCCCCCUGUUCGGAGUAAGGGACGGCGGCGUAGAACUUGCGGCCACCGGAAACGAAACGUGUCCUCUCACGGUGGUUCAAUCUCGCACAUCUAAAAUCUUCAGGGGACUUCCAGUGAUAAUCUCAUCCCCAUAUCGAAUCGCUUACAUCAACGAAGCUCUAAUUCUGAACCUGGCUUUCGCUUCUCCGCCCUCGUGUGCCCCCACUCCUCCGAAGUGGACCGUUGUUAAGGACCUACCCGAAGGACUAGCCGUGAAACUACCUGGGUACAGCAGCACCGUGAGUGGGUGGUUUAAGAUUGAAAAAUCUUCCCUUGAAUACUUGUACAAGGUUGUCUUCUGCGCACGUAGCGGUGGCACGUGUGGGGAAGUUGGGAUAAGUGUUGAUGAUGAGGGUAUGAGUCGUUUGGUUCUUACUGAGGAGGAGGAUGAUGGCAUCAUUGUUGAGUUUAUGAAGGCUAGUUCAGUUGGUGUUUGAAACUCAUGCAGUGGAAAAUCGUGUUGUUUUCUCAGUGAAUGACAAUAUAUGUGAGAAAUAAAUUAUAAAAAAAUCGCACCAUGUAGGGUUUGGCAUAG